AUUAAAAGACCUUCCAAAAAAAAUGAAAUCAAUCACCCUUCUCUCUUAUCCAUAGGAAACUUACCCCGCAAGUUUCUUUAUGAGAGAGAAAGAGAGAAACAUAAAGGAAGUGAGGCAUGCCACCCAUGUGGGCCCCACACCACCACGUAAAUGGGCUUCUUGUGGUGGGUCCCAACCAAAUAUGGGCCCCACACUAUCUAGUAAUUUUAGAAAUUAAUAAAAUGAUUUUUAGAGAUCGAUAAGUAUUUUUCUUUUCUCUCUUAAUGAAUUAAAUUCAGAAAAUUCAAUUUAUCUACAUAAAAGAUUGUUUUAGCAAAAAUAAAAUACUCGGAGGGUUCUAAAAAUUCAUUUUAAUAUUCUAAAAUUCAAAUAAAACAUAUUUAAACAUAUUAAAAUAAAUUUGAUGGGAAUUGAAUCCAAAGGGUCAAUGACAACACAAAUAUAUUGAGGCACUCCAUCUUAUUCUAGAAAUCGUGCACUACUGUCAUCUUUUUAAACUGACCCAACAAAGCCCCCCAUCGCAGGGGUUCAUGAUUGGUCCAUCAAAGCCAACCAAUAAUUGAAGAUUGUACGAUCCUAGUCCAUAGAUUUCAGGUUUCUCCCCGAGGACAAGUUCAGGUCCCAUUUAGCACACUAUCUCAUAAGACCUUCUAACACAAUCCAAUGUUGUAGGGAGACAUGUCUUCGGCAUACGCACGUGACACCUCCUAAAGGGCUGCUUCCUGGACGGCUGCCUAGUGCACAUGCUACGCGAUGACAAUGAUGCGGAUUUUGGCUCUUGUCCUCUUUGGCCAAACAUCGCACACAGGGGUUACACUCAGUCGUCGGGCCAACCACCUUGGGCAUCUCUCUAACCUUAUCAAGGGAUGAUCCUACAAACCCUUAUCGGUUGCCCAAGGCUAGGGGUUUUAGACAUCAACCCCAGCCUAGCCAUCGAAACUCAGAAAGCCAUGGUGGGGUUGAGGAGAAUUGACCUGGAAGGUUUGCGAUGGAGAGUUUUUGAUGCAAAAGGACAGGUACUCGGGAGGCUAGCAUCUCAAAUUUCUACUGUCCUUCAAGGCAAGGAUAAACCAACAUAUACUCCUCAUCGUGAAGUUGGGGAUAUGUGCAUUGUCCUUAAUGCCAAAGAUAUCUGUGUAACAGGCCAAAAAUUAACCAACAAACUUUAUCGAUGGCAUACUGGCUAUGUUGGUCAUCUUAAAGAACGGAGCUUAAGAGACCAACUUGCAAAGGACCCCACUGAAGUCAUACGUAAAGCUGUCCUUCGCAUGCUUCCGCGAAACAGAUUACGAGAUGAUCGGGAUAGGAAGUUGAGAAUAUUCACUGACAGUGAGCAUCCUUUUGGGGACAAGCCUAUAGAACAAUUCAUUAUGCCUCCUCGAACCGUAAGAAAGAUGAGGCCGCAGAAGAGGCGUGCUCUGCUUCGAGCUAAUAAGAAGGCUGCAGAAAGUGUUGUGAACAAGACCAAAAAAACAAAGGAGAAAGUUGAGCACAGUGCAAAAUAACUCGUGAUUAUGGUGCAGCAGUAGAGGAAUCUUUCCCACCAUGUUCCCAUGCUAUGUUUCCUAGUAAUAACUACAAAAGUGGAUUGGAUGGGAUUUUGACUAGGGAAAGUUACUGAAAGAGGCAAAGAGCUUUUUAGCAGCUUCAAGUUUCAUGGUCAAAAGAAUGUUCCAAAACAAAAGUUCCAUGAUUAAUUGGACUAUUCAAUUGGCAAAAACAAUUCUAAUUGCUUCUUACGUUUCAGAAAAUCUGUUAUAUGGGAGCAAAUUAUACAUUUGCUUCCAUGGGCUGAUUCUUUUUGAAUGGAAGACGCAGAAUUUCACCAA